AUGAAAUGUGUGUACGACACACAAUCUAUUGAGGACUUUGAAAAGUGUUGGGCCGAGUUUAUUAACACAUUUGAGUUACAUGAGAAUGCGUGGUUGAAUAGUUUAUAUGCAGAGCGUGAUCAUUGGGUACCGGUUUUCCUAAAAGAGACCUUUUGGGCUGGAAUGAGUACAACCCAACGCAGCGAGAGUAUGAAUGCCUUUUUUGAUGGUUAUGUCCAUUCGAAGACAAACUUGAAGGAGUUUGUCGACCAGUUUGACAAUGCGCUUAAGAAGAAAAUUGAGAAUGAAAAUCAGGCAGAACUCCAGUCUUUUAGUGUCACUAUCCCCUGCGUAUCUAGAUCUCCAAUAGAAAAGAAGUUUCAAGAGUUAUACACCAACGCGAAAUUCAAGGAAGUUCAGCAACAAGUAAUUGGUGUGCUUGAUCUGGAGACAUCUCUACUGACGUCAGAUGGUGUUUUGAAGAGUUAUUUGGUAGAAGAUGAAGUUCGUAUUCAGGAGUUCACAAAAAGCUUGACAUAUUCCGUGGAAUUGAAUGUGGAUGAUUGCAAUGCAAAAUGUUCAUGUGGGUUAUUUCAAAUGAGGGGGAUACUGUGUAGACAUAUUUUGGCGAUAUUCAAAUCAAACGGCAUAAAAUCAUUGCCAGACCGGUACAUUUUAGACCGGUGGAGGAAGGACAUCAAAAAGAGAUACACAUUAAUCCGAAGCAGCUACGACGAAGGGGAGCUGAGGCCAAAUGGUAAUAGAUAUCCUGUAACAGCCCGCUAG